CUCGCCGCAUUUUUACUCGCCACUUUGGCCACACACGCGUUUUUUCCCAAAUCGUGCUUUUUUUGUGAAGUGUUAAUUUCGUUUGUUACAAAUUUCGGCAUUAUGUUCGCGCAUCCAUUGAAAAACUGAAACCGCGGGCAACCAGUUCGAGUUGCAAACAAAUGCGUGCAUUUGCCCGCAGGAAAAUGCCAGAAUUCGUUCCGAUUCGCAGCGCGUGUGUGUGUGUGUGAACAGAGUGAAGAAGAGGAACGAAGAAUUGCGAAAGCAGUGUGUGCAAGGCGGAAGAAGCACAAAGACAAAAGAGGAGAUAAAAAAAAUCGGACAGGCGGUGCUGUCCGGCAAUCAAAAAAGAAUUUGAAAAAAAAAACAGCCAAAAACAGGCGGCAUGCAGGAAAGCGUGCCCAGCAUUUAUCCAGUGUGCGUAGUGGAUGCCAUCAAAUCGAAAGCUAAUGUAGUCAGUUUGUGGCGCCAAAAAUAAUAGUUUUUGAAAAAUCGCCGCGUGUGUGAAAUCUCGGCGAAUCCAAAAAAAGCAAAAAGAAAAACCACGACGGCGUGCGUAAGCGCACUCACACUCUCACACACGCACAGACUGAGAAAGGGAGAGAGAGAGAGCGCGACAUACACACGCACACAAACUCGCUGACAGGAAUUGCAACAGUGUGUGCGCUCCUUUUUUAUUUUAUUUUACUUACGUUUUGUUGUGUGUGCGGCGGCGCUUCUUUUUGGCUUUUUGUGUCUCUCUUUUGUGCCGUUGCUUUGCCGGCUAAAAGGGAAACCCGAAAUUAACCAGGCAUAAUGGAUGGACAGGAGCAAAGGGAAUCCUCGCAGGCGGAAUUAGCCAAACUGCAUCCCAUGACGCCGCUAAAGGAGAUGCCCGAAGAGGAGGCCGAGGAGGAAGAUGAAUCCUCGGCGGGAGCCCUCCACUCCGGCAGCAACAACAACUCUAUCAUGGGCAAGAUGAAAAUGCGCGUAUCGAGCAUUUUUCCUGCCUCUCUGAGCGAUUGGUUUUCGCCCUCGUCCAAAGGAGGCCCGGAAUCCGCCUCAACCACCUCCGCUAAUCUCCGCCAGCCACAGUCACAUCAGUCCAACGGACGCUCCAGCACGAAAAGAAAACGUGGACGCCGCCGCAUCAUGCUGGCCGAAGCUGAUGCAGACGCACUGGACCUGGACGAUGGCUCCGAUGCCAAGGGGCUCAACUACGAGGAGGUGGCCCUGGCCGACAACAUCGCCGAGCACGACCUAGCCGCCGAGGAUGAGCAGACGCGGCGCAGCGAGUAUAAUGUGUUCCUCUUGCGCAAGGAUAGCGAGGCACUUGCCGCUGCCGGCGGCGAGGAGGAUGAGGCCGAGGAAGAUGACCUUGAGGAGGAGGAAGAGGAGGGCGAUGAGGAGGACGACGAAGAGGAACAGGAGAGCCUCCUGCAGUCCGCCGCCGUGCAGCCCAAGCGUCGGCGCAUGGAGCUGGAGACUACUGUCAACUUGCCCAACAUGCGUCGUCUGCCCUUAUUGUCAUCCACGCCUGCUGCUCCACUCGUGGCUGCUACCAGCUCCUCCGCCUCUCAAAUAGCGGGCUCCAGAAGCAGCAGCCAGUUGGCUCCACACCGACGCAACCACCUCAAUUUGUACGGAAGUCAACGGCAGCGCGAACCCGCCUACAACUUUUUCACGGGCAACGAAGCCGCCGAGGGAAGCACCGGGGAUCUGCCUCACAGCAUUCGCCGGUCGCUGAACAUACCUUUUGGAGGCGGCAGUACAACCACCAGCCACCACAGCUUCUCCAGCCUUCCCAACCACAAACGACCCUCGCUACUCGGCCAGCGAACACAUCGCCGUGAUCUUACCAUGGAUGAGACGGGAGUUGGUCUGGGUCUGAGUUCGGUUACCAAUGCAGACGGUGAUCGCCUCGAUCACUUGUUGAGGAUCACCAAGACCAACAACAACAUUAGCAACAACAAUAAUAAUAACAACAAUGUCAUCAAGUCGAAGACACGACGAACUGAUUUGUCACUAGCCGCAGUGGGUGGCGUUGAUUCGCACUCCGAGGGCGAUGCGAACGACUAUCACGACAAUGGCGAUGGCCAUGAUGGACUGCGGCCGUCGCACCACAACAGCAACAGCAAUCUGGAGUUUUACGGCAAUUUGCAGAGUUCCAAGUCGAUAUUCAACCGAAAUACAGCCGCCACCGCCCAACCAGCGCACCGCAAUUCCACGUGGUCGCUGAAUUCGCUGAGCCUGCGACGACGCUUCAAUGCCUCCAUAUACGGCAGCACGUCGGCGCUGAGCGACAGUCGUCUGCUGAGUCGCAGUGCCUCAACCUCUGGCUCGGCAUCGGCAUCCAGCUCGCCCUUCUAUCAGGGACGCACUACCUUUGGCGGCAAUUCCGCGAACAAUCGCAUCUUUAGUCGCAGCAAUCUGAGCUCCUCCGCAGCCUCCUCAUCGCUGGCCAUCAAUUCCGGCGGCAGUUCACCGGCGCAUCCGCUGCAGGGCCCCCUAUCCAGUGGCCUGGGAUACGGCAUGAAACCGGUGGAUAUGCGACCAUCUGCCGGUGGCGAACCGACCAAUGCGACCAUCGGAAAGAGUGGCGGCAAGAAGUCUGGCUCUGGAUUGUCGAACACCACGCUGCGCAUCCUCAACCUGCUGGACAGCUACUCCACGCCACUAAUCGAUGCCAAGCGCAUGGGCAGCACCCUCAAGGAGCACCAAAGCAGUCGCCAGCAGCGGCAGGGUGCGCCGGCCACGCCCUAUCCACGUCCCACGUAUGCCCAGAAUGCCAGCCGCAGUGGUUCGGUGCCCAGCGUUACCGCCGAGCUGGCAGAGCUGCGCUCCAACAAACUGCUGGUGCCGACGAUGCAGCAGCUGUUGGAACGCCGACGCCUGCAUCGCGUCACCCAGAAUUCGCGGGAUCUGGUGCAGAACCAGAACUCGUCGCACGUUCGCCCGCAAAACAGUCAAGAGAAGAUCAAUCCAACCGCGGCGGCACCGUAUGUUGCCCCGAUUGAUCAUUCGGCCAGCCAUAGUCACCACACCAAUAAGAUGCGCUCGCGACUUUCGCACCAGCCGCGUAGCAAGGAGCCGCGUGCCGAACUGGAGGAGGCACCACUGCCGCUGGAUCUGCCACAGAUCAGCUUCCCAGACAUGGCCAGCGCGCCGAAGUUCGACUUGGUCAUCAAGCCGACGGUGUCGGUCACAAAACUGGAACCAACCAUCCCAACCUCGAGUAACAAGACCAACAUCAGCAGCAGCAGCAUUUCAACAAAUGCCAAGCAGCUACCUAACUUCCUGGCCAAUCCACAAUAUGCGUCGCCCACUGUUAACUUUUCGGCCAAUGGAAACAUGGCUCCAACAAGCGGCAGCAAGCCAACGCGACGCAAGUUUAGCUUCUCGGAGCCCAUACCUAUGUCUCAGGAUUCGCAGGAGAACUGCGUGAACCGACCGGCGGAUAUCAGUCGCAAUUACUCCUUCCCUUCGCCGGCUUCAUUGGACGAAGAGGAGCAGCAACCGCCAACGGAACCUGCUGCACGGCCGUCGCAGCCAACGAUGAACGGAGCACCGCCACUGAUGGGCUUCGGCAAUCAGUUCAAGAAGUCAUCCAACGAGUGGGAGUGCGAUGUGUGUAUGGUGCGCAACAAGGCGGAGGUUAGCAAAUGUGUGGCCUGUGAGACGGCCAAACCGGGCGCAACUACGGCUCAGGCAGCACUUGUGCAGGCAGCACCAACGACGCCAGCGAUUGUGCCACUGGGUGGCGGGUUCGGAGACCGCUUCAAGAAAGCCGCCAAUGCUUGGGACUGCGAUGCCUGCAUGCUGAGCAAUAAGGCGGAAGCCACCAAGUGUAUUGCCUGUGAAACGCCGCGAAAAGCGGCGGCAGCGCAACCACCGAAGGUCGACAUCUUGCCGCUGAUGACGAACAACUUGGUAACUGGAUCUGGUUUCGGUAAUGCCUUCAAGCCCAAGGCCAACACGUGGGAGUGCCAGACGUGCCUGGUGAUGAACCAGUCGAGCGCCGCCGAGUGCAUCGCCUGCCAGACGCCCAAUUCGCAGCCAAGAAGCAGUAGCAGCAAUAGUGAAUCCGCCAGGAGUCCUUCGGCAUCGUCCUCAUCCUCGUCAUCCUCCACCGGAUCAUCCUCUGGAUCGGCCGGCUCAUCGUCGUCCGUUAUCUGCAUUAGCUCCUCGAGCGACAGCGUCAAGUUCGGGGCGCCCAAGCAGGAUGCGGGCUUUCAGCAGCUGGUGGCAGCUCAGAAGGUCGCCAGUUGGGACUGCGAUGCGUGCAUGGCCCAAAACGACAUGUCGCGUAUCAAGUGCAUCUGCUGUGAGCAACUUAAGCCGGGCGCCGCCACUCCAGCCACCAUGCCAUCCGUGGCUUCUGCAGCUUUCUCCGGCAGCAGCGGAUCGACCAACUCCGGCGGCAGUGCGGUACCCAAGUUUAGCUUUGGAUUCGGAACAGUGAAGGAGGUGGUCAAGCCAGCCGUGAGCACCAGCAGCACUCCGGCCACGCCCGCAGUAGCUAAUUCUCAGUUCAGCUUUGGAUUCGGGCAGAGCAAUCAGGGCAAGGAUGUGGCGGACAGCAAGAAGGCGGAACCCGCGAAGGGCGGCUUUACGUUCGGAGCGCCCAAAGUGGAGCAGCCCAAGGAAACUAAGGUCCCUUCCGGCACGGAAACAACUGCUGCUCCGGCUCCAGCUGCAGCGCCAGUCCUUCCGUUUGUGUUCAAGGGCCCAACGACUGCUGCCACAACCAGUUCAACCACUACCACAACCAGCAGCACCUUUGCCAUAACCACCACAGCAAGUCCUGCCCUGGGUGGCUUCAGCUUUGGUGCACCAACUUCAACCUCGACUGUGUCCAGUUCCACGGCCAGCUCCAGUGCGAGUUCCGCGGCGGUCAAGCCCAUGUUUAGCUUAUCGGGAGCGGGAUCCUCUGGGUCGGGAUUGGGAACUAGUGUGGUGAGCAGCACCAGCAGCAGCCAGACGCCAAUGGCCAAAAGUGCUACCCUGAGCUUUGGUGUUUCCUCGAACACCGUGACAACAACGACGACCUCUUCAACGACCUUCGCUCUAACACCGGCAGCUACCCCGGCUCCGGCUUCCGCGGCAGCCACCUUGGCACCUGCUCCAGCUGCCACCUUGAGCUUCGGAGGUCAGCCAAAACCAGCAGAGAGCGCACCGGCGGCUGGAGGUUUCUUCUUUGGCCAGACACCAGCAGCCACGCCAGCGCCAUCGGCCAGCACCAGCGGAAGCUCGAUCUUUGGGGCACCGGCGGCGAGCGCGACGGCCAGCACCAGUAGCAUCACAGCCGCUGCCACAACAACAGCUCCAGCCGCUGCAGCUCCAAGCCUUGCGCCUUCCGCGACCCCGCAGCUCUUUGGUAAUUGGGGCGAGAAGAAGGCGGAGACCACGACCAGCAGUGCGAGCAAGCCCUUCGCCUUUGGAUCUUCUUCCGGACCGGGGGCGUCUGCGGCACCCAGCUUUGGGGGCUGGUCCAGCAACGGAGCUGCGGCAAAGAGCAACAGCAUCGCCGUGACCAGUGCGACGGUGUCCUCUUCCACGACAAAUCCGGUAUUUGGCAGCAGUUUCGUUUUUGGAACACCGGCCAGCAGUACCACCAGCAGCAGCAGCACAAGCAGCAGCACACCCUUUGGAUCGACGGCAACUACAGCGGCAGCGACACCUAGUUUAGGUGGCAACGGAGCCUUCGUCGGAGUGUUCGGGAAUGUGGGCAACUCGCUGGUGGCUCCCGGAGCGCCGGCAGCCACAAUCCCUGCUCCCGCAGCCGUUCCCCAGAUAGCCAAUAUGUUUGGCAAUCCGACACCGAUUGCUGCAGCGGCGCCUGUUUUCGGCAGCAGCAGUGGCAUCAGCACAAGCGGAGGAUUUGGAGCAGCAGCAGCAGCAGCUGCGUCGACUGCCACGACAACGCAACCAGGAUCGAAGCUAGCAUUUAACUUUGGCGGAGCAGACGCAGCCACGCCCGCAGCCUCAGGGGCACCAUUCAAGUUCGGGAACACCACCAAUGCACCGCCCGCCAAACCUGCGUUCAACUUUACGGGCUCCGCGCCGAGCUCGACUCCUCAGGCGGCUCCCUUUAGUUUCUCGACCAAUGCGGCGGCGCCAACAAGUCUUUCUGGCGGCGAUUCGCAGUCGCAGCAGCGCGUCUUCCAAUUUGGUGCUCCGCCGACGGCGACGGCUGGUACUAACCAGACGAGUGGAGCGGGAGGAGCCGCCUCAUCUUCCGGCGGUGGUCCACCCAUGUUCACUUUUGGCGCAGCGGCGCCGCAGAUGCAGCUUCAAUCCGCCAGCAGCGGGCAACUCGGCGCAGAAUUCGCAGAUGGUACGCCGCAAAAUCAGGCAUCCCAUGCGCCGCCUUCCGCCCCGGUAGAAAUGGCAUCGCAGUCGGCCUUCAAGAUAGCAACUGCACAUGCUGAGGCCGUCAUCGGAUUAAGAUCAGGAUUGGAGAUGCCAGUGGGGGGAAAGCAGCAGGAGCAGAAGCAGGCGCGGAAGCGGAAGCCGAAGUCGAUGUAAAGGAGGAGGACCCAAGGACCGACAGCUACAAGUUAAAGAGCCUGACCCAAAGACGAAGUCACCGGCUCAACGGGCAGAACCAGAAUGUUGAGCUGGGACUGCACGAAGCACUUAAACAGCGACGCCAGCAGUGGACGCGACCGAACAAAUACCGCUUUGUACGCAGCAGUGAGGCCGGAUUUAGAUCAACCAGGACGAGAGGAAGGCGGGAAUCGACGGAACAGCAGCAAGCACCAGGAGUAGUUGAUGGUGGUACCUCAACAGUGCCACUGCCAUCCACAUUUAGCAGGCAGCGAACAGCGACACGCAGCAAGUUCAACAGCACAGCGAUCUGUAGGCCAACUGGCGACCAGGAAGACAGCCAAACGGGAGCAGCAGGAGCACCAGCAGGAACACCAGCAGCAGCAGCAGAUGAAACAGCAAGUGGACAUGUGCUUCGGAGUCGCUACAAGCUUGUGCGGCGCAGGAGCUGCGGCGAGGCGACACGACAAGCCUCUGACUGAGACCCUGAAACACCAGGAUGAAACCAAUCACAACCUGAGGCGGCGGAUGAUGAGGAUGCGCGGAUUACCAGGAUACCGCACUAACAUAUAAAUUACAAUUACGAGUUAAACAAAUUUCGUUGGUUUAUUCAAAACGCAACUGUCGCGCCAAAUAAAUAGGUCGACUGUGUCUGCAGUUUAAUAUUGAAUAUAUAUUUUUUAAUAUUUUUUUGUUGAAUAUAAUACUUAAACGAUAAUUAUGUAAUAAUUAUUUUUGUGAAAAAUUGUAAAGAAACCGCUGCAACAGAUGCGAAAAAAAUAAUAUAGCGCAAAAACUAAACUACAUUAUAUAUACAUAUAUUAAAGUAAAAUGAUCUGUUUAGACAAUUUUCGAACGCAGAAGAGAGUGCUCAGCCGAUGAGCUGAGAAGAUAAUGGUUGCAGCCAGAGACGUGUGGCGGUGUACGAUUGCAUUAAGUCUUAGUUUUUGUUAUUGAUUUUAGAUUAUAUAUAAAAUACAUACGAACAUUGUGUUGCCCAGGGGAGUCCUUCAACAAACAAUGUGCAGCAGCCAAGGUGGAAAGCCAACAAAUUAAAGCAAACAACAACUAUCUAGCAACGUAAACAUACAAAACCUAUAGCUAACAGAUAACAGAUAAGCAGGCGGGAAUAGAAAGAGACAGGUGGCAAAGAUCGAGAUCGAGAACGGAACAGUUACGAUUAUUAUGCAUGUUUUUUAUAUACAUAUAUUCAUAAAAAACAUUGAAUAUUUUAUUAUAAUUUUAAAUUGAUCAUGUUUAAGUCGAUAACAGAAAUGGAAAUCAGAAGUCUUAAUGUUGAGAGAGAAAAGGUAUCAUAAUGUAAAUAAGUAAAUAUAUGCGGUAUGAUAAUUUAAA